CCCUGUACUGCCCCUGGCACUGGGCUUGGGAGAAGGAGAGGAAGCUGAGCUGCUUUCAUCUUUGGGGUUUGGAGUCAAGGUCUCUGGAUUUGUCAGCCUUGGAGGCUUCUGGACACAUCUCCUCUCAGCCAUGAGGAGAUCAAAAGGAUUUAAUAUCUGUGUGCUCACCUGCAGCAUCCUGCUCUUGUCCUCCAGCCUGCCAUGCCUUGCUCAACCUUUGGAGGAGGGGGAUGUGACCAAGGUCCAGCAUGGCCCCUGGGCAGGGAACGGGCUGGAAGGUGAAAGGACAGCCAUGGUGGACUUGAAAAACAAUCUGGGCCCUUCUGAGCAGACAGUUUCUGAGGAGCCAUGUUCAGUGUCAGUGCAGCCAGCUGGGACACCCUUGGAUGAAGCUGUCACUGCAGGAGAAGCACUCCCUGCCAGCCCGAGCCGUGCUGUGCCCAGCAGCCAGGGCCUGGGGGGACACCCCUCUGCUGGGCAUGAGCAGGAGCUGGCUCCCACUGAGCCACAGCUGGAUGAGGAUGAAGCCCUCAGGGCCAUGCUGACCACAGCUGUGACCACGCUGAGCCCUCCAGUCCAGGAGGAGUCUGGUGGCCCCGCUGGUGAGGCCACAACAGAGGGUGGGGUGGCAGUGGAGCCCAGCUCUGCUGGCCUCUCAGCAAACCCCCUUUCUGGGACCACUGUGGAGGAGGAAGUAGAGAGCAGCUCACAGCCCUCAGCUGUGCCCCAGCCCAUGCUGAGCCCCAGCUCUCCCAGCUGGGAAGCAGAAGGUGACCACCCUGUCACCCCAAGUGCCCAGGCUGCAGGUGUGACCUCUGGGCUGGAGAUGCUGAGAGCCCACACAGGGAGCCCUCUGAAAUCCCUGGCUCCACCAACAUCUGUGGCUGCCAAACAUCCCCUUGUGGCAACUGAGGCCUUCCUUCACCCAGAAGCAGGGACAGGUGUCACACAACAGGAGCUGCCCACUACGGCUGGCACUGUCACCAUCCCCACUAUGGACACUGUGCCACCUGACUGGGAUGACACAAAACUGGGGGACAUCACUCAAGGGGGAAGCAUGUUUCAUGAGGAGGUGACAGAGGAGCUGGGGACAACAGAACCAUCCCAGACCACGCAGGAAGGUGAGGAAGAGGAUGCCACAAGAGCAGUGCCCUCCCCGGUGUCCCCUCCACCAGCGCCUGAGCUUGCCAAGGAGAGCAACUGCACAGUGCCAGUGCAAGGGGAGGAGCUGCCAGCAACUUCCCCAGGCAGCAGCACUGCUUUCCACCCUGGGAGCCUGUCAGAGGCAGGCACAGCUGAUCUUGGCUUGCUGGAGAACAUAAGUGCAGUCCCAGCAGAGGAGGAGAGGAGCGUCCCUCCGUCACAGCCGGAGGCUGCUGUGGUGACAGAUACCCAGCCUGAGCUCUCUCCUACUCUGGAGAGUUCAUGGAAAGGUGCUGCUGAGGAGGUGACAACAGCUGCCCAGGAGGCUGUGACAGAGGCUGCUGCUGUGCCAGCUGUGCCAGAGGUGCCCGGUGGCACCCAGGGAGCAGGGGCUGCCAGCUUUCCUCAGGAGAACAGCGGGGAGGACACCCAGAUGCUGACAGCUCCCAGUGCCACCCAGGUGCUGCUGGCAACUGGAGCUUCCUCCACAGGGAGCCCUGUGGAUGCAGAAGAUCUCACAGAUGGGAUCCUGGUCACCAGUGAGAAAGCUGUCCCAGCCCCUGGUGGGAUGUCCUCCACCCCAGCUGGACAGACAGAGGAGCCAGCCAGCAGAACUGUGGUCCUGGUGACUCCAGCAUCAGUGGCCUCCCCAGCCAGGAGAACAUCUGUCCCCUCUGCCAGGAGGACCAGCACAGCUGGGACCUACGGGCUGGAGCGCCUGGAGUCUGAAGAGGGUGAGGAAGAAGAAGAGGAUGAAGAGGAGGAAGAGGAAGAAGAAGAGGAGGAAGAGGAAGAUGAGGAGGACAAAGACAUAGACCUGAUGGAUGAAAGCAUGGAGGGUGACACGGAUCUGCCAGGCUUCACACUUCCAGGAGAGACCUCCCAGGAGCCCCUGGCUGGCCUGGAGAACCCUGUGGCCCAGCUGGCUGGGUUGUCCUACCAGGUUCCUGACACCAUUGAGUGGGAGCAGCAGAACCAGGGUCUGGUGAGAAGCUGGAUGGAGAAGCUGAAAGAUAAGGCAGGAUACAUGUCAGGGAUGCUGGUUCCUGUGGGAGUUGGAAUAGCUGGAGCUCUCUUCAUCCUGGGAGCGCUCUACAGCAUUAAGAUGAUGAACCGCCGGAGGAGAAAUGGCUCCAAGAGGCACAAAAGGAAGCAGAGGGAAUUUAACAGCAUGCAGGACCGAGUGAUGCUCUUGGCCGACAGCUCUGAGGACGAAUUUUGAGAGGAACUGCAGUGCCCUUGGGAGAGCCCGUGACUUUUCAGAGGAGGGAGAGAGGGGGAGAAGAAGAACAAGCGACUUUUCUGCUGCAGUGCUGCUCCCUCGGCUGCCCCGGGCAGGGGUGGUGUCCCCAGCCCAAUGACAAUGACAAUGCUAUGCUCUACGUGUGCCACCCGUGGUGUUUGUUUUGAUACAGUAGUGGAGAUCUCACACUCGCCCCCGGCGCCUCAUUCAGAGCCACAGCUGGAGCUGAUCCAUGUGGAUGAUUAUUUUUCCUCUUGCCCUGGUGUACUGUUUUGGUCCUGGCUGGCAGUAAUCUAAUCAUAACAAUAGCUCUCACCCAUCCCAGGAAUGGAAAUCUUUACUGUGAAUGACUUCUGUCCAGUUCAUUUUAAAUGUUACAUUACCUGAGCUAGAGUUCCUUAGUGCUAAGAUUAGCUGCUCUGCUUAAUUAAUGAGUUGUAAGCCUGACCUGUGCCCCUGGCUGCCUGAGAAGUGCCCAUGUACAGGGCUCUUGAUACAGUUUGAAGCACAUUUCUGCCCUUGGGUGCCCCCACUCUCACUCCUUUCUUCCUUCAGCUCUGCUCCACACUGCUUGGAGACACGCAGGAAUGGCCUCAGCAUUGAUUCCUCCUCAAAAUUCCCUGUCCAUUCCCAACCAGCACUGUCUGUUACAGCACAAUAAAUACCAGCACUCACCUACUGAUGGCUGCUCUUGCCUGCAUCUCUUGGCUUCUGCUCAGUGUGCAAGGAGGUGAGACAAGAGGCAGGUCAGAGACUCCCCCAGCUUCUGCCUCCUCUUGGAAGGACACUAGCUCCAGGUUCUUCUCUUUCCAAGGCUGCAUUCCCAUAGGGAUGAGAGUGGAGCCUCUGAACCCCUUUACCCCACUGGAAAAUGCAUUUUCAGCCCCUGAAAGCUGCGUGAACAACAGCAGCUUUGGGGGAUCUGGAUGGAUGGGUCUUGUCUCACAGGAUCACAGAAUGGUUUGGGUUGGAAGGAAGGGACUUCCAAGGCACCUGGUGCCUUCCACUAUCCCAGGUUGCUCCAAGCCUCAUCCAGUCUGGUCUGGAAAACUUCCAGGGAUGGGCAGCCACAGCUUCUCUGGGCAACUGGAUCCAAACCAUGGAAUGCAGAAAGGCACUAAAGCUUGGGGAGCAGGUGCAGUCACUGUUGAGGGAUUCCUGGCUAACAGUGGGAAAACAGCAAGAGCUGGAGAGAUGUCAGCUGUGGUGGGGGGUGAGAUGAUCCCACUGGGAACCCUUGGCUGUGGGGAGAAAGGUGAAUUUGUAGCACAGAUGGGUGCAGGGGGUUGUGGAGGUGCCCUGUUAGUCCUGAGGGGGCUGAGAGGGACACAGUGCUUGAGGUGUCAGAGGCAUUGAGCAGGGGAGAGUAAUGUAGCUUUGCCCAGAAAUGCUGUCAAAACAGCCAGGAAAAGGGCUGCACUAUUGAGCUCUGCUUCCCACUGUGGAAUUACUUUGAUCUGACAUGCAAAACAUCCGUGUUUCUGAGGUGGGAAUCCAUGUUUCUGAGGUGGAAAUCCAUGUUUCUGAGGUGGGAAUCGUUCUGUGGGGAAUCAUCCUUCCUGCAAGGAACAGUGACUGAUGCCAGAGGAGAAGUGAGCAGAAAAGUAAGGGCAGACCACACAUCUGCUGAGAUUCAAUCCCUCUGAGCCCUUGGAGAAGUGGGAGGGAGGGGAUGUUGAGGAGGGACAGGAGCAGGAUUUGGUUCCCUGUGGAGGUGGAAAGGCCUGUCAGAUGGUGGGGAAAUGUCUUGUGGAAGUGUCAGUGGGAUUGCAAGGCAGGGAGGACUUUCAGGAGCCCCUCCUGAGGUGAGCUCGCUCUCUCUCUCUCUCUCUCGGGUCAGGGCCUGCUCUGGACAUUAAAUCAUCAGGUGUGAUGGUCAGCUCUGAAAAAACAAUCCUGAGCACGGUCCUGAGCCUGUGACCCCCACUGGGUCACCUGGAUGAGGAUAGGUGGGACACCCUGGUUCCAAAAUGCUGUUCUAAUGCUCAAGUCUUCCAGUCCAACAGCUGUGUGUGGUACCUCAGUCACUCAUCGUGCUGGCUGCGUGGGGAGCAGGCUGGGGAGACAACAUUUUUGGGGGUGGUGGGGUCUUCCUAUCCCACAGCCAGGGCUCCACAGUGCACCUCUGCCUUUUUGUUCCUGAAACAUCAGCCAGGAGGGUUUUGCCUUGCUAAAAGCAGCCCCACAUCUUCAACAGGCACUGACUGGCAAUGCACCAUGAAAUCCAAAAUUCAGGCCUCUUUCUCACACAGUAAGUGGUCACUCCAAGUUAAGAUGAAGUUUUCCCUCCAGAGUGAUCUCUCCCUAUUUCCUUCUCAUUCCUAAAUUUGGAGGUGCUUGGGAGGUGUUAACAGUGCAGUGAUCAUUCCUGGCUCUCUGGCACUAUUGGGAAUUGGGAAAUACUGUCCCUUGGGCUCUUUGAUGAUUUAUUCCUGGUCAGGCAUGAUGGGGAUUUCAAGGUGGAUAUCUGAUGAAAUAUCUGGUAAAACACAGAGCUGCUGGGUCAGUCAGGAGGAGGAGGAGGGAUGGCUGAGGAAGGCUGCUGGGUUAAGUAGCCCAGCUCUGGCAGCUCAGGAGGAUCCUUAAGGAUGGCUUGUCAGUUUGAUGGGUUGGGAAGGCAGGUGGGGAGGUGCUGUGGCCUUUUACUGUGCUAAUAAUUCCCCAGUUUGGGAAACAUUGCCUUUCUGCAGGGGCAAUCAGUUUCCCUGGCUCUCCCUCUUCAGCAUAGAGAACUUGAGGAAUUAAAGGCAACUCUGCCAGUCAGAAAGAUGGAAGUGGGGUUUUACUGCAUCUCUGGGGGGCCCUGGUGUCCUCAGAACCAGAGAGGACAUGGCAGGGGUGGCUUGGAUGCUGGAAGUCGACAAGGAAGGGAGGCCCAGCUGCAUGCUCAGUUCAGUGUGGGCUCUCUGGUCUCUGCUGGAGACAGGAUUAGGAGUUAGGUGGACUUCCCAAAGGUUUUUCUUGUGAUCUGUCUGCACUGCCAGGCCUGACUCUGGCUCCGAAUCCUUCACCCAAGGAUGGGAGCUGAGCUUCCCGAGCUGCCCAGCAGUGCAGAGAUGCCAGCUGAUGGCCAUUUGGAGGGCAGCUUUCUGUGGAAUAGUUGGUUUUGGUCAGCCCUGGAGGGUCCCCAUGUCUUCAGCUUCACCUGGAAGCAAGGGGGGCAGUCAGAGCCAGCUGUGGCUCGAGGGAAGCUUGUGGGAGUCUUGGGAGCUCAGAGUUUUCCUGCAGUGUCUGCAGGUCCUUGAAGAACCAGCACCACUCAGCCCCUUCCCUUCUCAUUCAAGGCCAGUAGAUUUUGGAUUGGGCUCUUAAAAAUAUCCUCUGCACAGCUCCUGGAGUUGGAUUCAUUCCCUUGGGAUGAUCAGAUGGCAGCAGGGAGGGCAUGGGGGGUUCAGGUGGGAGCUGAAGCUCCAGUGGUCUUAACACUGCUGAUUUAACCUUUACCUCUGCCUUGCCAAACCAGCAAGCAAACUUCUCUUUUGGAAGAGACAGGGCAUGGAAAGCAGCCAGGAAGGGCCCUCCUCAUCCUCAGUGCUGGGUGAACUGCAAGGCCCUGAGUGCUGAGGGUGGUGACAUUGGCACAGCAAUGUCACUGCAGCAAUAACAACCCUGGACUCCACACAGGACCAGCCACUCACCUCCCUUUUGCAUCUUCCUGAUAGCACAAGGCAGAAUUUCCUUGCAAGCACUGCACAACAGCUUUGGCAUCUCCAGCCCCAUUUCUGACAGGAGGAACCAGCCUGCCUGGCAGCUCUUGCCCCCUUGGAAUGCACCUCCACCUCACAGCUGCUGAUCCCUAAAGGUGUCUCUGGGGCCAGAUGUUCACCCUGGUGAGGCUUCUCUGGACUGCUCUGCUUCCACAGAGAGGUGUGAGCAGUCCUCGUGCUUCCUCGUGGUUUUCUCUUGUGGACAGGAGCGGCUCCUCAUCCUGUAACUGUGGAAUGUAGCACUUUGUCAAAGGAAAACGUUGGGAAAUAAAAAGCUGUCCAUCAGAGCUGA